CUCGGUUAUGUUGAUUGACUGAACUACAUUAAUUAAUUUAUUUGAUUAUUACUUUCAAAUUGAGGCGUUUCGUGGACAAGCUCUUACCUUCGCGGGAGAUGUUUAAGAUGGGGCCAAUGUGGAAUCUAUGAUUAGAACUGCAGUUGAUGCUUGGGGAACUGUUGAUGUAUGGUAAAUAAUGCAGCAGCAAAGAUUAUGACGAUGAAAAAGAGGGUGUUCACCAUUGAUGGAGAAAAUUUGAAGAAACUGAAAGAGGUGAAUAGGAAUCUUCGUAAGGAGAUUAGGUAUACAGAUCUUUCUUCACUUCGAUCGAUCUCCUUGAGAAUGGGAGAUUGUAUGAACGAUCUAGGCAUAGAAGAUCUCAAGCUCCUUGAGGAAGAAAUGGACAAGGCUGCCAAGGUUGUUCGUGAGUGUAAGGGAUAUCAAGUGUGCUAAUAUACUGGUUGAUGUAAGUGGGCAAGUCAAGCUUGCAGAUUUUGGGUUGGCAAAGGCAACGAAAUUUAAUGAUGUUAAAUCAAGCAAAGGCUCUCCAUACUGGAUGGCCCUUGA